AAGAACAGCAGUUCCUCAACAGUGACCAAUCAAUUUGAUACUUUUCCGAAAAUAAUAAAACAUGUAGAAAAUGAUUGGCUACUACGUCAUUUUCUGCCACAUUGUCGUGUCUAUACGCAUACGCAAGAGCCAUAAUUCUAUUCCAACCUAACGUAAUCUAACCAAACCUAUCGUCUAUGCGCUUUUAGAAAGAUUUCGUUGCUCGAAUGUAUUUAUGUCAUCACGAAACAUUUCGAAUUAACGAAUUAAGUUCCCUCAUAUUGUAAUUCCCUCAUUUGUAAAUAAUUGCAACAAAAUUAUUUGUAUUAUAUUACGUUGUAAGAAUAAUUAUAUCUAUGGAGACUGUGCCGAAAGAUUUGCGUGGAUUAAGAGCAUGUUUGGUAUGCUCCUUGGUUAAGACCUUUGAUCAAUUUGAGUUUGAUGGAUGUGACAACUGUGAUGAGUUUCUUCGUAUGAAGAAUAAUAAGGAUAAUGUUUUCGAUUGUACAAGUUCCAACUUUGAUGGAAUGAUUGCUGCAAUGAGUCCAGAAGAUAGUUGGGUGUGUAAAUGGCAAAGGAUAAAUCGUUUCUGCAAGGGUGUUUAUGCUAUAUCAGUGUCAGGACGGUUACCAGCUGGUGUCAUUAGAGAAAUGAAAAGCAGAGGAAUAGUUUAUAGGCCACGCGAUACAAGUCAACGUUAAUUGUAAUCAAGAAUUAUAAAAAUUUUUUAUACUAUGUAAAUAAAAUAAAAUUUUUUGUUAAUUUAUAAUAUUGCACUAAAAUUACAUCAUUGUUUGAAAUGCAACCACAUUAUUCAUUAUAUUGAAAUAAAUAUAUAAAUAUAUUUGCAUACUUAAAUAUAAA